AUUUAAACAGUAAAUUUUUGUUGAUGUUUUGCAUUUUUGAGCACCGGAAAACGUUUUUCACGAAUUUUUUCAUUGAAAAUUGAUUUUUCUAUUGAAUUUUUAGUCAUCUACGUACUGAAUUUCCAUCUGAAAUCGAAAAUCUCUUCGAAUAUAUUCCAAAAUCCGUAAAAACAUCAAAAAAUAUUAAAAAACGAUGGCAGAUAAAAAGCAACAAGGAGGCGGCGGAGAAAAACGUCGCAAAGAAUCAAUUCUCGAUCUCAGCAAAUACUUGGAGAAGACAAUUCGCGUCAAAUUCGCUGGCGGGCGGGAAGCAGCUGGAGUUCUCAAAGGAUACGAUCCCUUGUUGAAUCUCGUGUUGGACAAUACAGUCGAAUUUUUGCGAGAUCCAGAUGAGCCAUAUAAACUUGCGGAAGAAACAAGAACAUUAGGGUUGGUUGUGUGUCGAGGAACUUCGGUUGUUUUGAUUUGCCCGCAAGACGGCAUGGAAUCGAUACAGAAUCCGUUCGUGCAGCAAGAUGCAUAAAAAAAGAAAAUAUUAAAAAUAUAAUUUUUUUAUUAUUUAAAAAA